AUGGAUGGAAACUCAGGACCUUCAGGCAGCUCCAACCAGCCCAGCAACACACAACAACCAAAGACUAAGGAACCAGUUCAGCAAGUGGACUGGUCAGCAGACAGUAAUUCGCAUCAUAUUUUCCCUGGAACCGAAGGGAUGAAUAAGCAAAGUAUGGGACAAAUAUUAAAUGAUGGAACGAAUAACGGUUCAAUGGAAUCAAAAAAAGGAAAAUUCAGUUCACACAGAACAUUUGAAGGAAUUCGAUUUGGAUGCGUUGAUUAA